UCUGUGCACAUCAUGACUCUGAGGAACUGGCGUGAGCGUGUGGACUACCUGUUGAAGCAGGAGAAGUUCAUGGAGGCUCUGUCUCUUGCCUGGUCCUUUCAUGAGGGCACUGCCAAAGCUGUAUUAGGUUUGUUUGCAGACCCUGCUAAGAGAAAAGGUGUGGUUGCAGACAAGAUGGUGGAAAUUUUGUUACAGUAUGUGGAGCGCUCUCUGAAAAAGUGUCCAGAGCAUGGGAAAAUCCAGGUGAUGGAGCAGCACUUUCAGGAUGUGGUUCCUGUCAUGGUGGAUUAUUGUCUUCUUCUACAGAGGACGGACCUGCUCUUUAACCAGAUCUACCCUCGGCUGGUGGAGAACUCUGUAGCUCGGGGUGUUUUUCUGGAGAGUUUGGAGCCCUACAUUCUGAGCGAGCGGAUUGGCUGUCUAACUGCUCCUGUCAUGAGAGACCUGCUCAGUUAUUUCCAGGAGAACGGCAUGAUGGAUAGUGUGGAAGGAUGCCUAGUCCACAUGGACAUAACCAACUUGGACAUACAACAGGUGGUGCAGAUGUGCUGGGAUAACCAGCUCUAUGAUGCCAUGAUUUACGUCUUCAACAGUGGCAUGAAUGAUUACAUCAGCCCGAUGGAGAAACUCUUUCAGGCGAUUGGUCCUCCUCUGCAGGAAGGAAAGCCUCUCACAGAUGAGCAUGUUGUAAUGGGGAAUAAACUGCUGGUGUACAUCAGCUGUUGUUUGGCAGGACGUGCCUAUCCACUAGGUGACAUUCCUGAAGAUCUGGUCCCUCAGGUGAAAAACCAGGUGUUUGAGUUUCUCAUUCGUCUGCACUCUGUGGAGGCUGCACAGGAAGAGGAAGUGUAUCCCUACAUCCGAACACUCCUGCACUUUGACACUCGAGAGUUCCUCAACGUUCUGGCACUGACAUUCGAGGACUUCAAGAAUGACAAACAGGCUCUGGAAUAUCAGCAAAGGAUUGUGGACAUUUUACUAAAGGUUAUGGUGGACAAUUCUGACUUCACCCCAUCUCAGGUCGGCUGUCUUUUUACCUUCUUGGCGCGACAACUUGCCAAACCUGAUAAUACCCUCUUUGUUAACCGGAAGCUGUUUGACCAGGUCCUGGAGUUUCUAUGUAGUCCAGAUGAUGACUCUAGGCAUACUGAAAGGCAGCAGGUCCUGCUGGAGCUGCUGCAGGUUGGCGGUGUGGUCCAGUUUGAUGAAGGACGUCUGCUUUACCUUGCUGAGAAGGCAGAGUUUUAUCAAAUAUGCGAGUUUAUGUAUGAAAAAAAGCACCUUUAUGACAAAAUUGUGGACUGCUACCUGAAAGACCCUUUGAGAAAGGAGGAGCUCUUCAACUACAUCCAUAAUAUCCUGUCCAUGCCUGGCUACAGCGCAGAGGAGAAACAUUCUGUGUGGGUCAAAGCCCUUCAGCACUUCAAGGAUCUGGUCCGAAUCAAUGCGGCUAAGACAGCAGAGCUGGUGGCGGUGCACUUCGCAGACGAGGUGCACUCUAUCAUCACAUCUCUACAGGACAAUUAUUUGGUGUUCCAGUUUCUGAAGUGCCUUCUGGACCCCAGCUCCAGAGAGGGUCUGAAUUCUCAAACAGUCCUGAAAUUGGGCCCUGAUCUUCAUGAGCUCUUAGUGGAUCUUUUGUGCCAGUUCAGUCCUCAGCAGGUCAUUGUCUUUCUUAAGACGUCUCAGGACUACAGACUGGAGGAGACCAUCCAGAUCACAGAGAAACACAAGCUGCAUGAGGCCACAGCCUACCUGCUGGAGAGGAAAGGAGAUGUACAGGGAGCUUUUCAAGUCCUGCUGCAGACCCUGAAGGGCAAACUCCACAAACUUGCCAUGGAAAGCUCUGACUCAGACAAGCCUGACGGUGAGGAGGAGGAGACAGCUGAUGAAGUGCAGAGUCUGUUACAAAGAGUGGAGGAAGCUCUGCAUGACAUCAUUGCUUUGUGUCAGAGGAGCUCAAGCGGCCUCAACCAGCAGCAGAGAGAGGCUUUGUGGUUUCCUCUCCUGGAGGCAAUGAUGUCACCACAGAAACUACUCAAAGGAGCAGAUACCAUACACACAUCAGAAGCACUAAAAGAGCUUACUAUGAAAGUGUUAAACAGCAUGUCCAGUUUUAUUGCUCCACCUGCCAUCAUUCAGCGCAUCCUACAGGAUCCUGUAUAUGGGAAAGGAAAACUGGCUGAGAUCCAGGGGCUCAUUUUAGGAAUGCUGGAGACUUUCAACUAUGAACAGACGUUGUUGGAGACCACCACAAAUCUGUUGAACUCAGAUCUUCACUGGUCUCUCUCACACUUGCGCAAGGCAGUCAGUAAAGGUCUUCAUCCAAGACAGGACCACUGCAACAUCUGCUUACAGCAGUACAAAAGACGACAGGAGAGCGAGGAGGAAAUCGUUAUCUUCAGCUGUGGACACCUGUACCAUUGCCAGUGUCUGCAGCGUAAAGAGACAGGUGUUUUGAGUGAGAGGCAGUACCCAUGGAGCUGCUACAAAUGCACAUCCAAUCAGGGCUCACGGCCAGCGGACAGAGCCAGCGCUGAAAGCUCACGAUCACGCUCUGCUUCUCUGGCACAGAACAAAGUGACAUCUGCUCAUCGUGGGAUUACGGCAGAGGCUCAUGGGAGAAAGAUGAUGGCUGAAGCCACUUUGGAUGCCCAACAGACACAGGCCUGGGAUCAGUUCCGCACUAUUUACAGAGGACCAUCUCGGCUUGCUGUUCUGACAGAACUCACCCAUUCGCAUGGCACUGAGAGGGCCGGUUUGUCAAACCCUGCCCAUCCAGGAACAGGAAGCAUUUACCACAGCGAGAACUUUCAGUUAAAGCUCACUCCUCCGCCACUGGUGGAGGAAUAGAUGACUCCGUCCACUGUUACCAAUCUUAAUAAAGCACUACCAUGUCUGUACAGAAA